GCCCGCCCGCCUGGCUGCCGGGUGACACGGGUUUUGCCUUGGGAAGUGGGUGAGGGAAGCAAGUUGGACGGCGGCACGAUGGCUGCGGCGCAGCCCAAGACUUGAGCGCGAUUUAAUUGCCCAGCUACCAUUGCUGAAGAUAUGUUGGUGUACUGGUGAAACUGCAUUUUAUUCACCAGAAGACAGUCUAUUUGUUUCACUUUUUGUUUUCUUUACUGCUUUGAGCUUUAACGGCUGAAAAACUUGGAAAAUAAAAUGAACACGCUGUGGUUUUGAACAUAAUGUUUUUGAGGAAAAAUUAGAGUGCCAGAGUGAAAGCCAGAAUGGCAUCCAGAGAGAGACUCUUUGAACUUUGGAUGCUUUAUUGUACAAAGAAAGAUCCAGAUUACCUGAAGCUAUGGUUGGACAAUUUUGUUUCUAGCUAUGAACAAUUUUUAGAUGUUGACUUUGAAAGGCUGCCUACCAGGGUAGAUGAUGUGCCUCCAGGAAUAUCUCUGCUUCCGGAUAAUAUUCUACAGGUUCUGAGGAUCCAGUUGCUACACUGUGUUCAGAAAAUGGAAGACGGUUUAGAGGAGCAACAACAAGCCUUGUCAAUUUUGCUUGUCAAGUUCUUCAUUAUUCUUUGCAGAAAUCUAUCAAAUGUGGAAGAAAUUGGGACUUGCUCAUACAUUAAUCAUGUCAUUACCAUGACAACACUCUACAUUCAGCAAUUAAAAAGCAAAAAAAAAGAGAAGGAAAUGGCAGAUCAGACAUCAAUUGAAGAAUUUGUGAUUCAUGCAUUGGCAUUUUGUGAAAGUUUAUAUGAUCCAUAUAGGAAUUGGAGACAGAGAAUUUCAGGACGGAUCCUUAGUACUGUGGAAAAGAGCAGACAGAAAUAUAAACCAGCUUCUCUCACGGUGGAGUUCAUCCCUUUCUUUUAUCAAUGUUUUCAGGAAAGUGAACAUCUCAAGGAAAGUCUUAAGUGUUGCUUAUUGCAUCUUUUUGGAGCCAUUAUAGCCGGUGGGCAGAGGAAUGCUUUGCAAGCAAUUUCUCCAGCCACCAUGGAAGUUCUUAUGCGAGUUUUAGCAGAUUGUGAUUCCUGGGAGGAUGAAAAUCCUGAAGAAGUGGGUAGGAAGGUAGAGCUAACUCUCAAGUGCCUUACGGAAGUGGUACAUAUUCUUCUCAGUAGCAGCUCUGACCAGCGUCAAGUGGAAACCAGUACUAUUCUGGAGAACUAUUUUAAAUUGUUAAAUUCAGAUCAUUCAGCUUUACCUAAUCAGAGAAGGUCCAGACAGUGGAAAAGCCGAUUCAUAGCUCUACAGAUCAAAAUGCUGAAUACCAUCACAGCCAUGUUAGAUUGCACAGAUAGGCCUGUUCUGCAGGCCAUUUUUCUUAACAGUAAUUGUUUUGAACAUCUCUUACGACUGCUACAGAACUGCAAGCUAUUUUUAAAUGCUAACAAUAAGGUGGCAGACAAGAACGAGAAAGACCUUGCCAACAAAUUACUGACAGAAAUGAAUGAGGACCAGGCAUUUCAGGGCCAGUUGGAUUGUUUGGCUGUAUCAACCAUUCAGGCUUUGACGGCAGUAAUGAACAAGUCUCCAGCUGCUAAGGAAGUAUUUAAAGAAAGAAUUGGUUAUACACAUAUGUUUGAAGUAUUAAAAUCCCUAGGUCAGCCACCACUGGAACUACUAAAAGAACUUAUGAAUAUGGCUGUAGAAGGUGACCAUACUUCAGUUGGGAUUUUGGGCAUUAGUAAUGUCCAGCCUCUGUUGCUUCUUAUCCAGUGGCUUCCAGAGCUGGAAUCUUAUGACCUGCAAAUCUUCAUCUCUGAUUGGCUGAAAAGAAUUUGUUGUAUUAAUAGGCAGAGCCGAACUACUUGUGUCAAUGCAAACAUGGGAAUUAGAAUCAUUGAAACUCUUGACUCCCAUUCAUCCCUUCAUCGAACUUGUGCUGAGAACUUGAUUGCAAUCCAUGGUUCCUUGGGGAGUCAGUCGGUGAGCUCAGAAGAAAUCCGUCGACUACUACAAUUGCUGAGAGUGGAUGAAUCUGACUAUAUUCACCCUUACGUUAUUCCUGUGACUCGAGCAAUUCUGACAAUGGCCCGAAAACUAAGUCUAGAGAGUGCACUGCAGUAUUUUAAUUUAUCACAUAGUAUGGGAGGGAUUUCUGUUCCUCCCAUACAGAAAUGGCCAGGGUCUGCCUUUUCUUUUAGUGCUUGGUUUUGUUUAGAUCAGGAUCAGUUGGCUCUUGGUGUUGCAAACAAAGGAGGAAAAAGAAAACAAUUGUACAGCUUUUUUACAGGAAGUGGCAUGGGUUUUGAAGCUUUUAUUACCCAUUCAGGUAUGUUGGUUGUGGCAGUAUGCACAAAAAGAGAAUAUGCAACAGUUAUGCUUCCUGACCACAGUUUUUGUGAUUCUCUCUGGCACAACAUAACCAUUGUUCACAUGCCUGGAAAAAGGCCCUUUGGUCAGAGCCUUGUCUAUAUCUAUGACAAUGGACAACAGAAGGUUUCUGCUCCUCUCAGAUUUCCUGCCAUGAAUGAAGCUUUUACUUCCUGUUGCAUUGGUUCAGCUGGGCAAAGAACCACCACCCCUCCACCAUCCCAAAUCCCAGAUCCACCUUUUUCUUCUCCCAUUACCCCACAUCGGACAUCAUUUGGUGGAAUCCUUUCAUCUGCCUCCUGGGGAGGAACAGUUGAAAAAUCAAAAUUGAUUACUAAAUUGAUAUCAGCUGGAACCCAAGAUAGUGAAUGGGGAUGUCCCACCUCUCUGGAGGGUCAGCUGGGAUCUGUUAUCAUCUUCUAUGAAGCACUACAGCCUUCUCAGGUGAAGGCAUUAUAUUUAGCAGGUCCAAAUUGUUUAUGCCCUUGGAAAUGUCAAGAGUCUGAUAUGGCUGACCUGCCUGGUAAUGUCCUUCUUCACUACACAGCAAAGGCCUGCAAAAAUUCAAUCUGUCUUGAUUUAUCUACUAAUUGUUUACAUGGAAGAUUAACAGGAAACAAAGUAGUAAACUGGGACAUUAAGGAUAUCAUAAACUGCGUAGGUGGAUUAAAUUCACUUUUUCCUUUACUGGAACAAAUCAGCCACUUUAGUAAAGGACAAACUCCUGAAGAAAUGAAUGAAAGUACAGUUCCUGAAUUGAUAGUACCUAUGGACAGAGAUUGUACAGUAUUGACCUCCACAAAGGCAUCAGAGUCAAGACUGGAGAGAAAUCUAGUUGCAACAUUUAUCUUGAUUGUGAAACAUUUUAUUCAGAGACAUCCUAUCAACCAGGACAAUCUUAUCCACUCCCAGGGAGCUGCGAUUCUUGGUUCCUUACUUCAGAAAGUGCCAGGCAUCUUGAUGGAUGUUAAUGUAUUGAUGGCAAUUCAAUUACUAAUUGAACAGGUAUCAUUAGAGAAAAAUAUGCAGCUCCUACAACAAAUGUAUCAAUAUUUGCUUUUUGAUUUCCGUAUUUGGAACCGUGGUGAUUUUCCCUUUCGAAUUGGUCAUAUCCAGUAUCUUUCUACCAUCAUUAAAGACAGCAGGAGAGUUUUCCGAAAGAAGUAUGGCGUGCAGUUUCUCCUAGACACACUUAGGAUUUAUUAUGGGAAUAAUUGUAAAUAUAAUGAGCUAUCUGUAGAAGAUAUUCGAACAAUAAGGACUUCUUUAUGUGGACUAAUUAAAUAUUUUUUGUGCAAAGGUGGAACUCAUGAAGAGAUACAAAGUAUAAUGGGUUAUAUAGCUGCUACUAAUGAAGAAGAACAGCUCUUUGGAAUUUUGGAGGUACUCUUCAGUCUCCUAUGUACCAGCCCAACUAGAGGUCAACUUUUCUUACUGCUGUUUGAACCAGGAAAUGCUGACAUUCUUUAUGCCUUGCUCUUAAAUCAGAAGUACUCUGACAGACUAAGAGAAAUCGUUUUUAAGAUUAUGGAACAAAUGUUGAAAUGCACCAACGUUUAUGAACGUAGUAAACAACGUAUUCGACUCAGAGAAGUUGGCUACUCAGGAUUGGGACUUCUUCUUAAUGAAUCACUUGUUAAUAUUUCUCUCAUUAAAAACCUCACCAACCAAAUCAUAAAUACAGAUCCUGUUAUUAAUUUCAAAGAUCUGUUAUCUGUGGUAUAUAUAUGUCACAGAGCAUAUAUAAAUGUUAGAGUGGUCAUCUGCAGAAAGAUUUUACAGAUUUUGCAUUCCCAGCCUGAUACAGCACAUCAAAUAUCACAACAAGUGGGUUGGCAAGACACCUUAGUUAGGCUUUUUUUAAAAGCAAGUUUUGAAAAUGGUAAUACUCUUCAUAAGCAUCAUAGGACUGUUCUGAUAAAAGAUAAUGAUAAAAAUAUGUCAACUGAAGAUAUUAAGAGGAACUUUGAUGAAAAGACAGAUGAGGAAAAAACUAACUCUUUUGCCUCAGCUAAUGUGUCAUCAGAUCAAUGGAGUUUAGAGGAUAGACACUCUGUAGACUCAAACAUACCAUUAUUUCAAGAAGAUAGCGCCACAGGAGAAUUGUCUUUCAGAUCAGAGCAUCAAGAAGAAUUCUGGCAUAGUAACCCUUCAGAUUUGAGUUUGGAUCUCCAUGGGAUUGACUCUUGUGAAAUGAGUGAUAGUGGAAGUCAAAUACCAGACAGCCUACCUAGUACACCGUCCCCAAUAGAGUGCACUAGAUCAUUUUCUGUGCAGUCUGACAAAGAAAACAACAUCACAAAUGAUACAGGCUUUAGUGAUGACUUCUCUUUACUUGAAAGCCAAGAGCGAUGUGAGGAGGAGCUUCUUCAGUUAGUGACAAAUAUUUUGAAUUAUGUAAUGUGUAAGGGAUUGGAAAAGUCUGAUGAUGAUACUUGGAUUGAACGAGGACAAGUGUUUUCAGCACUUUCCAAGCCAGGAAUAUCCAAUGAACUGCUUCGACCAUCAGCUGAAAUAAAACUAGCUUUACUACAGAAGAUGUUAGAAUGGGCAGUCACAGAAAACAGAGAAGCAAAAACAAACCCAGUAACUGCUGAGAAUGGCUUCCGACUCACACUGAUCAUACAAGACUUUCUGCAAUCAGAGGGAGUAGUUAACUCAAACAUGUGGACUGAGAAGCUUUUAGAGGAGCUGAUGCUGCUUUUUGACUUUCUGUCAGUCUGGUAUUCUGAAAGUCCAGUGUGGGUAAAACUCUCUCAUAUUCAGAUCCAGUUGCUUCUUGAAUUCAUUGGAAGGGGUAAUUUGCAGGUUUGUGCAAUGGCGUCAGCUAAGCUAAAUGCCCUUCUUCAGACCAGAGUAAUUGAAAAUCAGGAUGAAGCAUGUUACAUCUUAGGAAAGCUGGAACAUGUUCUAAGUCAGUCAAUCAAGCAACAGAGUGAAAUCUACUCAUUUCUGAUUCCCCUUAUUCGCACCCUGGUUUCCAAAAUUUAUGAGCUUCUCUUCAUGAACUUGCACCUGCCUUCUUUACCUUUUACCAACUGUAGCUCCUCAUUUUUUGAAGAUUUUCAAGAAUAUUGUACUUCAAAUGAAUGGCAAGUUUACAUUGAAAAAUAUAUUGUACCUUAUAUGAAGCAGUAUGAAACUCAUACAUUUUAUGAAGGUCAUGAGAACAUGGCACUUUAUUGGAAGGACUGUUAUGAAGCCUUAAUGGUAAACAUGCAUAAACGAGACCGGGAAGGAGGGGAAAGCAAGCUCAAAUUUCAGGAGAAUUUUGUGGAGCCAUUUAAUCGAAAAGCACGCCAAGAGAACCUAAGAUACAAUAACAUGCUUAAACAACUUAGUAGUCAACAGUUAUCCACGCUUAGACACUGGAAGGCAAUACGGUUGUAUCUUACAUGUGAAAGGGGACCUUGGGCUGAAAGGAAACAGAAUCCAUUGCAUUGGAAACUAGCUAAUGUAGAAAAUUAUUCCCGCAUGAGACUUAAACUGGUGCCUAAUUAUAAUUUCAAAACGCAUGAGGAAGCUAGUGCCUUGAGAGAUAAUCUAGGUAUUCAGCAUUCACAGCCUUCCAAUGAUUCAUUGCUUUUGGAAGUAGUGAAACAAGUAAAAAUUAAUGAUGUGGAGGAGGAUACGUUAGACCUGCCUGAAGAGGACAUAACAGCCAGAGUAAAUAUUGAUGAAAAGGAAGAACAAGAUCAAAAAGAAAAAUUGGUAUUGAUGGAAGACUGUGAACUUAUUACAAUAAUUGAUGUAAUUCCUGGCAGAUUAGAAAUCACUACUCAACACAUUUACUUCUAUGAUGGCAGCAUUGAAAAAGAAGAUGGAGUAGGUUUUGAUUUCAAGUGGCCUCAUUCUCACGUUCGCGAGGUUCACCUACGGCGGUACAACUUAAGGAGAUCAGCCCUUGAGAUCUUUCAUGUUGACCAAUCCAACUAUUUUCUCAAUUUUAAAAAAGAGGUUAGAAACAAAGUAUAUAGCAGACUGUUGUCCCUUCAUUCUCCAAAUAGUUAUGGAAGUAGAUCACCACAGGAGUUCUUCAAGGCAUCAGGAUUGACACAGAAAUGGGUGAACAGGGAGAUAUCAAAUUUUGACUACCUCAUUCAAAUAAAUACAAUGGCAGGACGAACCUAUAAUGACCUUGCUCAGUAUCCUGUGUUUCCCUGGAUUUUACAAGAUUAUACUUCAGAAGAGUUGGACCUGAAUAACCCUGCUGUAUUUCGAGAUCUUUCCAAACCAAUUGGGGUAGUUAAUGAUAAAAAUGCCAAAGCUAUGCGAGAAAAAUAUGAAAAUUUUGAGGAUCCUAUGGGAACUAUUGAUAAGUUUCAUUAUGGUACUCACUAUUCAAAUUCUGCAGGGGUAAUGCACUACCUCAUUCGUGUAGAACCAUUCACCACCCUCCAUAUCCAACUUCAGAGUGGAAGGUUUGACUGUGCAGACAGACAGUUCCAUUCCAUCCCUGCUACCUGGCAAGCCCUUAUGGAUAAUCCAUAUGAUGUCAAAGAACUUAUUCCUGAAUUCUUCUAUUUCCCUGAGUUUUUAGAAAAUCAAAAUGAAUUUAACUUGGGUCAUCUACAAGUUUCCAAAGAACUAGUAAGUGAUGUCAUUCUCCCCAAGUGGGCUAAAUCAGCUGAAGACUUCAUCUAUAAACAUAGGAAAGCUCUGGAGUCUGAAUAUGUUUCUGCUCAUCUUCAUGAAUGGAUAGAUCUGAUUUUCGGCUAUAAACAGAGGGGACCAGCAGCAGUGGAGGCGCUAAAUGUUUUCUAUUAUUGUAGUUAUGAAGGAGCUGUGGAUCUAGAUGCCUUAACAGAUGAGAAGGAAAGAAAAGCCUUAGAAGGAAUGAUUAAUAAUUUUGGGCAAACACCUUGUCAACUAUUAAAGGAACCACACCCUCCUAGAUUAUCAGCAGAAGAAGCAGUGCAGAAGCAGACCAAAACAGAUGCUUCAACCCUAAACCUAUUUCAGCAUCUCCCUGAACUCAAGUCAUUUUUUAUAGAGGGAAUUAGUGAUGGUAUUCCACUAUUAAAGGCCAUUGUCCCCCAAAAUCAGUCUCGUUCGUUUAUGUCUCAAGGCAGCCCUGAAUUAUUGAUAACAGUCAGCAUGAAUUAUGUUAUUGGAACCCAUGGGUGGCUGCCUUAUGAUCGAAACAUUUCUAAUUACUUUACAUUCAUCAAGGAUCAAACUGUGACAAAUCCAAAAACUCAACGUAGUAUGAAUGGUCCUUUUGCUCCAGGACUGGAAGUUACUUCUAAGCUAUUUGUAGUAUCACAUGAUGCAAAGUUGCUCUUCAGUGCUGGACAUUGGGAUAAUAGCAUUCAAGUCAUGUCACUUACAAAAGGCAAAAUUAUCUCACAUAAUAUCAGACACAUGGAUAUUGUGACUUGCUUAGCUACAGAUUACUGUGGAAUGCAUUUGAUUUCUGGUUCCAGAGAUACUACAUGUAUGAUAUGGCAGAUAACACAACAGGGAGGUGUUCCUAUGGGGUUAGCCUCUAAACCUUUUCAGAUUCUUUAUGGACACACUGAUGAGGUAUUGAGUGUCGGUAUCAGCACUGAGCUAGACAUGGCAGUGUCGGGAUCAAGGGAUGGAACUGUGAUCAUACAUACCAUUCGGAAAGGUCAGUAUAUGAGGACCUUAAGACCACCUUGUGAGAGUUCUCUGUUGCUGACCAUUCCCAAUUUGGCUGUAUCUUGGGAAGGACAUAUUGUCAUCUACUCCAGCAUCGAAGAAAAGUCUACUUGGAAGGAUAAGAAUGCAUUACAUCUGUUUUCUGUAAAUGGCAAGUAUCUACGAUCUCAAGUCCUAAAGGAACAAGUAUCAGAUAUAUGUGUAGUUGGAGAACACAUUGUCACAGGCAGCUUACAAGGAUUCUUGUCUAUAAGAGAUCUCCACAGUUUGAAUCUCAGCAUCAGUCCAUUAGCCAUGCGAUUGCCUAUCCACUGUGUUUCUGUAACCAAAGAAUACAGCCAUAUUCUUGUAGGUUUAGAAGACGGCAAAUUGAUUGUAGUGGGUGUUGGCAAGCCAGCUGAGAUGCGUUCAGGUCAGCUUUCUCGAAAAUUGUGGGGAUCUAGCAAGCGGCUCAGCCAGAUUUCAGCUGGAGAAACUGAAUAUAAUACUCAGGAUUCCAAGUGAUUGUUACUUCCAUCUUCUGUCAUGGAUAACUGAAACUUGAUUUAUUGCUUUGUCAUUUUGGCCAUCUCUCUCAGCUCUCCAAAUUGUUGUAACACUUUUAUUUCUGAAAAUCAUUUAGAGAUUACAACAAUUUGGUAUGGUAUAUAUAUAGAGAGGCAAAUAUAGUGUAUUACUAUCCACUUAAAAUUUCUGCUUGGCAUUAAUGAAUCCAUUCUUUUUUUUUUUUUUUUUUGUGGUUUUUGGCUGGGGCUGGGUUUGAACCCGCCACCUCUGGCAUAUGGGACUGGCGCCCUACUCCUUGAGCCACAGGCACUGCCCAAUGAAUCCAUUCUUAUUAAAUAAUUAUUGGUCUCUACAAUGUCUUUGAAAAAAUACAUUUGAUUAGAUUUAUUUAUUGACCCAUUCACAUCAUUAAAUCUAUAUAUCUAUCAAAACUUUCAAUAUAGAGGGCGGCGCCUGUGGCUCAGUGAGUAGGGCGCCGGCCCCGGCCAAACUGCAACAACAACAAAAAAAAAUAGCCAGGCGUUGUGGCGGGCGCCUAUAGUCCCAGCUGCUCGGGAGGCUGAGGCAGGAGAAUCACGUAAGCCCGAGAGUUAGAGGUUGCUGUGAGCCUUGUGACGCCACGGCACUCUACCUGAGGGCGGUACAGUGAGACUCUGUCUCUACAAAAUAGAAAAAAAAAAAAACAAAACUUUCAAUAUAGGAAAGUAGGUUGAAUUUAUUUACUAUUCUAAAUGGCAAAAUUUAAGAUAUUUUUAAUAAAAGUAUAAAAAGUGGGACAGUUGAGAGACAUGGCUUUUAAUGCAUUCUUUAGUUAAUCAUUUUUCUACUGACCACCACAUAAAAAAUAUAUUCAUUUAUUUAUGAAACUCCUGAUUGGAGGUAAUAUUUUAAAGGUAUCUAUUUUAUACUUGAAGUUUCAAAACUUAAUAAAAGUUCCAGGUUUGCAUAGCAAGAUUAAAAUAAGAAUAUUGAAACUGGUACAUUGGCUCAUUCCACUACUACUUAGCAUGUUACUAAUGAGAAUUUACUGAGAUGUAAAUUAUCUUUAAUAAAAGUUGAAUAGGAAUAAGAGAAAUUAGAGAUACAUUUUCCAGAUGUAUUUCAUUAUAAUUAAGCUAAAAUGCUGAUUGUGAUUUUGACAGUUAAGUCCUCCAAGUAGCAUUUCCAGCACAGUUUACAUUGGCAAAGUUCAAAAUUUCUUGGCUUUUUCAUUAUUAAGCAAAUACUAUGUUUUUCUCUGUUAAUUAGAAGAGUUAGCAAUAAUAACCAAAUAUAUGAGUUUUAAAUUUUUACUUAGGAUAUCUGUGUGAUUGAUGAAUGCAUUGAAAAUAUAAGCAUAACUUAAAGUAAUCAUGUAAGAAAGCACAUUUCUAUUUUAUGUUAUGGAUAACUUCUAGAAUUAUAGCUAAUUUUAUUAUACAUAAUUAAACAUUGUAUUAUGCUUUAUUAUUCAAGAUUUUAAAGUAAAAGGCUGAUUGGUAUAAUUAGCAAUUCAAAGAGAUUGUUAAAAUAGUAUCUUUAUAAGAUUAUCUUUUGUGUUAGGUCAGGGAGCUUUUACAUCUACCAGUGUUAUAAGAUUCCAUGGGUUUGGGGUAUCUGGAAAUCCUCUGAAAUUGUGUAACAAUUUUCUAUGUUAAAUGCAUUUUCAGGAAAGAACAGUUUCUUGGCUUUCUUACAGGGGUCUGUGACCCAAAAGAAAGAAAAAUGAGUUUUUAUCCUAUGAACUUCUUGGAAUAAUAGUAUUGUUUUUAUUCCACAAAUCACAUUCACUUACAUCCAAUUGUCUCCUCAAUUGAAUGUUGGAGAAAUUUUCUCUUUGUAGUUUCUCUCUCCUGUUGGCUAUAAUUAUCUACUGCCUUUUUGUUAUCCCAUGAAUGAGUACAAAUUUUUUAAGAAAUGAAAGAAUCUGUUUAUAGAAACUUAUAAAUAGAUUUGUUAGGACUAUUAAAAAUCUGUAGAAGAAUUUUCUUUUCAACACAUUUAAUCUGUUUUAUUUAGGAAAAAUUUGCUAUGUAAAUAACUCUGAAAUGAAAUAAUCCUGACACUGAUAUAGCAGGUAUGAAGGCUUUCUUUUCUGAGGAUCUUAAGAAUUUGUGUUGAAAAAAGUCUUGCUGGGCUCAGGCUUAUCUCUGGAAGCCCAAGGCGGGUGAAUUGCCUCAGCUUACAGGUUUGAAACCAGCCUGAGAAGGUGCCAGACCCCAUCUCCAAAAAAUAAAGGAGCGUUUCUGAGACAAGAUAAUCACUUGAGCCCAAGAAUGUGAGGUUGCUGUGAAUUAUGCUAUGGCAUUCAGAGUGACAAACUGAGACUAUGCCACAAAAAAAAAAGUUUCAAAA